CGACGGACAAAGGAUGAUAUGCGUGGACUAGAUCGAUUUCCGCCACAGGUGAUAUCGUCGACAACUUCCUCAAAAGUCGUCCGCAACGUCGUUCGCCUAGGCCCUGACACAUCGUGCUGGCGAGUAUGAAGCCUAUUGGCAGGAUCAUCUUCACAACGGGUCUCAGAAGAGACACCUUCAAUCUUUCAAGACCCGUGUCCAGGUGGACAUGAAAAGCUGAGAACACAAUGAUAUGAACAUCGUCUCAAAAAGUGUCAGAACGAGUCUUCAUCUACUCAGGCGUCUUCGGCCCGUGUCGGAGAAUUCCACCGGGACUGACGGCAUCUCAGACCGGAAUAAAUCGCAAGUAGGCGGCAAUCGACAGCAGCCAAGACAUCGGAGGUCUGCACCGAGUACCUUCCGAACGUAGAAAUAGAUCUCAGACUGGUAGAAUUUGGCAUCGGUUGCGCGUGGCAUCAUGGACUCCACAGUAAAGAAAUGGCUCGCCAGCUUCUCGGCGACACCAUCACCGCCAGAUACCAAUCGCAUCGUCAAGGCCUUCAGCAGAUAUACUCUGUACACGAACAUGCUCCUUCUACCAGCCGAUGCGAUCACCAUCGAUGGGCCGCUCUGGCGAGAACUGGACUGGAUUCCCACGAGCUCGGAAUUCAAUUGUCUCCUCGCCAGCAUGGCGUCAAGAAUGAAAGUCACACAUAUCGCGGCGAACAAACCCAUUCCACCACGGAAUCGACUGGGCAGCGCACAGUUUGAACUGGAAAGUCCUCAUAUGGAAUCGAAUGAUCCAGCAGAGGAGACGGAACCCGAAGACGAAAACAUUCUUCGUGCUCCUCACGAUUUCACACCCCUGUACGGCGACUUCGGCCCCAUGCCCACGACGCCCCUCGCGAAUUCUCCCACGCGUGCGGAUUUUGAUGCGGCCUUCUGGGCGCUCGCUCGGCAGAAUGGGAUCUGGCAAGUCUGGGCUCCACGCUGGACCAUGUUCAGUCGUGGCAACAUCAGUGAGAAGGCGCGGCUAUUACAAUUGGCAUCGGUUCAGAAGGCGAUCAAAGACGGCAAGCAGCACGAUGGACAUGAAAGCCGAAUUCCUGGGUGUGGUGUCGUAGAUCUCUUUGCUGGGAUUGGCUACUUUGCUUUCUCGUACAUCAAGGCAGGCGCGGACAUUGUCGUCUGCUGGGACUUGAACCCAUGGAGUGUAGAGGGUCUACGGAGGGGCGCUGUAAAGAACAAAUGGCGGGUGAGAAUCUGCGCGGAAGCUCCAGAAACCCAAGAAUCAGGCGAGGCCGCGAGAACGGCCAGCAUCGGACCCAACGAAACGCGAACGACCUCCGCCCUCGCAUCCCUCACCGCCGAACAUCCCGGCGCUGAGCGACCGAAUUUCCUCGUCUUCCCCGAGAACAACAAUCGUGCUCCCGCGCGCAUAGCCGCCCUCCGAGCGCAUCUCCCUCCAAUCCGGCACGUCAACUGUGGCAUGUUGCCCAGCUCGCGCGCGAGUCUAGCCAUCGCGGCGCAGGUUCUAGAUCCCAUCCUGGGCGGAUGGGUGCAUGUGCAUGAGAACGUUGCGGAAAAGGAUGUCGCGGCCAAGGCGGAGGAGACGAGAUCCGAGUUCGAGAGGGCUUGGGUAGAGGUUCAAGUUGGGCGUGCAAGGGGGAAGAGGAGUCGAUCGGCGUUGUGUGAGCAUCAUGUCUACAAGUUGAAGAAUUUCGCGCCGCGGGUGGUCCACAUCGUCAUCGAUCUAUGCGUCCCGCCGCCAUCGUCAUUGGAGGAGAACGUGUCACAAUCGGGCGGGUCCACAUGA